AUGGCGGCUGAGACUCAGGAGUAUAUGAACGGAUUGAGACCCGGGCCCUUAACGAGAGAGAUCCCAGAGUGCAUGCGUGAUAAAUACACAAUUAUACAGACUGUUUUCGAUGUACUCGCAUUUUUGAUCGUGGGUAUUGGUCAUGUAAUACUAGCAAUAUAUAGAUCAAUAGUUGGGAUUCCGAAAAAGGAUCUAAAAGGCUGUAUAGCUCUCGUGACAGGGGGCGGAGGGGGUCUUGGUAGCCUCAUUGCUUUGCGGCUGGCCAGGCUCGGUUGCGUUAUCGUUUUAUGGGACAUUAACAAAAGAGGGUUGGAAGACACGGUGAAACUAGUCAAAGGUCUAGGCGGUAAGUGUUACGGCUAUCUGGUAGAUCUUGCGAAUAAGGACGAUAUCUACCGGACUGCAAAGCAAGUGGAAGAGGAAGUUGGCAGAGUUAAUUUACUGAUCAACAAUGCAGGAGUGGUGUCAGGGAAAUAUCUGCUGGAUACGCCGGACCAUCUCAUACAAAGAACUUUUGACGUCAACGUCUUAGCGCAUUUCUGGACAGUGAAGGCCUUUCUUCCGUCUAUGAUAGACUAUAAUGAUGGUCAUAUCGUGACCAUAGCGUCUAUGGCUGGCCACGUUGGUGUGGCGAAGCUUGUAGACUAUUGCUCCUCCAAGUCUGCGGCCUGCGGUUUUGAUGAGGCGCUGAGGUCUGAGCUGGAGGUCAAAGGCAUUAAGGGCGUACACACGUCUCUCAUAUGCCCUUAUUUCAUUCGAGCGACUGGAAUGUUCGAGGAGGUCAACUCAAGGUUCGUGCCGACGUUGAGUUCGAACGACGUAGCUGACCGCGUCAUACUGGCCAUUCGCACCAACGAAACGUUGGCAGUUAUUCCAUCGUAUUUUCGACUGUUAAUGCCUUUUAAAUGGAUGGUGCCCUGGGCGUGCGUAUCGGACCUCAUACGCGGUAUAAUACCGGAUGCGGUGCCCGCUCCUCUGCCUAUGCCGCUGCCCGCACAAGAAACCCACCAGGACAGAGAAGCUCAAAGUAAAGGGACGGCACAUCCGAUGUCACUCGCCUCUCGACCAGCGCGACACGACCGACAAGUGUGAUGAUACAUUACGUCUAUCCAAUGUCAUGGACCAAAUGUCGAUUUACGUCAUAAAUAUUGUAAAUGUUAUUUUAAUAUGUUUGAAAUAUUAUUAUAAACAGAUUAUAAAACACGCUUGCGGUAAUGUAUAAUAGGUAAAAAUAACUCUAUUUUACCUUUUAUACAUAGCAUGGUAGACCGUUGUUAUCAAAAAUCAAAAGUGUUGUUUAGUUUGGGUUGCGUUAAAAAGUUUUUACAUACAUCUAGAGACAUGAAAAACUCGUGGACCACAACAAGUUGCCUUUAUAAAUGCCUUACUAAGCGUAUUACUUGGUAGUAGUGUGACAAUUCUGAGAAUAUUUGUCAAAGGUAAUUAAAUUAUUGUUUGACUAUCUUCUUAUAAUUGUUUUAGUAUCUGGCCAUAAAUAAUACACAUCGACCUUUGGAAAGAGACAAUCAGCUAAUUUCAACUUCUUAGAGCGUGAGCGUAUGUAUUUUCUGUAUCUGAUUUGGGAUCUUGGACUAUAACACACUACGAAGUCAAAAUUAGUCGAUUGUCUCUUUCCAAAGGUGAAUGUAGAUUAUUUAUGGCCGGAUACUGUAAUUUAAUUGAAAAAUACUAUGUUCGAUUAGUUAGACUAAACCUAAAAAUAAAUCGCUAACUAAAGUGCUGUAUUAAAGUUUUCACUUCACAUCUUAAAUAACGUCAUCCUUUUAUUUUUAAAAUUACAUAUUGUGUUAUUAGUCAUAUUGUGAUUUUAGAGAUAUAUAUAUGUAUAUAAUAAAUAACGAUAAAAUAAAAUAUUAAAUGACAAUUACUUUACGUUACUAUAUGUCAUGAAAUAAUUAUACAAUUGAAAGGGAUGAAAUAUGUUGAAUUUCACGUUUAUGGUUCUUUCCAUAGGCAAUUAAUUUUUAUUAAAAAAAGCGAUAUAAUUGUAGUCGUCAUAAGAUGAUUUUUGAGAAUGAUGUCUCUACAAUCUUUAAAAAGAAAUUUGUUAAAAUAAAAUUUAAUCAUUCAAUUUAUAUAAAAAAAAAACAACAAUCUGUUCAUAAUAUAGGUUUUAUAGUCACUCAAAUUCUGUAAUUCCUUUUUUAAAAUAGGGUGAUGAUACUCUAAAUUUAUUUUGUAUGUUCUUAGUUCCCGGUAUUGUCCAAAAUCGAACAUAAUUUAAUUUAUGUUUAGCGUGAGAUCUGAGAGAGAUGAGAUUUUUAGUUCCAUUGACCUUCUUUCAUGUAGGUAUUAAAAUAAUAAUGACAUACCUCGUUUAAUUACUUAGUUUUUUUACACAAAUAUUAUCAAAAUUGCUCAAUUACAAAUUAUAAAUAGAAGUAUUGUAAAUAUAGGAUUAAUAUAAUACAUUUAUUUCAGGUAUUUUUUAAUCGGUAAACGGAAUGAUCACUUAAGUAUGUGAUAUAUUUGUAGUAGGUAUAUACUUAGAGAUUAUAGUUUACUAAUCGAAUUGUCUUUGAAAUGCGUUAAUUUUGGUAACUCAACUUUUUUGCAUGUGUAUGUCUACACAUUAAUGGGAACUUUUCAAGUGAGACAGUCUUCCGAAUAUUUUUUGUGUUUUUGUUCCUCAAACAAGGACUUUUGUAAGAAAAAAAGUGGAGUGCUGAAGAUUAAUAUUAAUGCGUAUAAAUUUAUUUCCAUUACCUCGUAUUGGUUACUAAUAGUACAUGGUUGGAUAUCAUUAAAGGUACUUUUAUGGGAUAUUGAAAAUUAUUACGCCGAAAGAUAAAUAAAUACAAAAAUUAU